GACUGAAGUACUGAGCAGAAAUACAGAACUACGAGUAUACAGUUUAUUUACGUCAGACGUGUUAGACCUUAGACGUAGGUGUAUGUAAUUAAUUUUAAUAGAUUAUUAUUUUUAAUUUUAAAUCAUAAUUAAAUCUAUUUUAUUUUAUAAAAACAUCAUGAGAUCAAUAAUAUUUCGAAGUCAAUUAAAGGCUGGGUUGUUCGUCAAUGGAUUUAAUAAUUUUACUAGUUGUAGUAAUAACUAUAAAUUGAGAAGAAAUCAUACAGAUGCUCAGAGACCGUUAUCUGUUUUGAGCGAAGAUGAACAGUUUUUUAAGGAAACGGGUAUGUUAUACUUUAAAACAUUUGAUGUUAGCAGUUUUUGUUUAUCYGAGCCUUCAUCAGGAUCAGAUGCAUUUGCUUUAAAAACCACGGCAAAAAAAGACGRAGACCACUACUACAUAAAUGGAACGAAGUGUUGGAUCUCAAAUUCUGAUAUAGCAGGAGUUUUUUAUGUUUUUGCCAACACUGAUCCUUCCAAGGGUCAUAAAGGUGUUACAUGCUUUAUCGUAGAACGAGAACAAGAAGGAUUUUCUGUUGGUAAGAAAGAAGAUAAGCUUGGGAUGAGAGCUUCUGGCACAUGCGUUCUUCAUUUCGAUAGUGUCAAAGUACAUAAAGAUAAUAUUGUCGGUGAAAUUGGUGAAGGUUAUAAAAUAGCAAUAAAUUUCUUGAAUGAAGGGAGGGUAGGAAUUGGAGCACAAAUGGUGGGUAUAGCACAAGGGUGUUUAGACCAUACAAUACCAUACACGUUGGAAAGAAAACAAUUUGGUUCUAAAAUUUUUGAUUUUCAAUCUAUGCAACAUCAAAUUGCUCGAGCAGUAACUGAAGUUGAAACGGCUAGGCUAAUGGUGUACAAUACAGCAAGAUUAGUAGAUGCUGGUUUACCAUUCAUUAAAGAAGCAGCAAUGGCUAAAUAUUACGCUUCAGAAGUUGCCGGUAAAAUUACAUCCGUAUGUAUUGACUGGAUGGGCGGAGUUGGUUUUACUACAGAUUAUCCCCAGGAAAAAUUUUAUAGAGACUGUAAGGUUGGGCCAAUAUAUGAAGGAACAACAAAUAUGCAGCUAAGCACUAUUGCCAAGUUCAUUAAAAAAGAAUAUGAAUAAUUACUAUUUUUUUACAUAACAUAUGAAUUAUUUUUUAAGCAAAUGUAAAAUAAAAUGUUGUAACUGAAAUACAUUAUAUAAUAUGUUCAAAUUAAUAUUUAAGAUGAUUGAGCUAUACAAUGUAAUGAUUUGUUAAAGGAUUAAUACAGGAGAAAUUUAAUUAAAUAUAUUAAAUAUUGUGA